AUGGGUGUCUCUCCAAAAUGGGUAUCUUUUCUUUUGCUUUCCUUGUGCAUUGUUCUUCAUUUGACUGCAAUCACUCUUGGCGAUGACAAACUUGACAAAACUAGAUUUCGUGAUGAUAACUGUGGGUUUGGUCGAAGAGGGUGUGGUGGCCGUUUUCGUGGUGGACGUGGUGGAGGACUAGGAGGUGGUGUUGGUGGUGGGUCAGGUCAUGGUGGAGGAUUUGGUGCUGGAGGUGGUGCAGGAGGAGGCGGCGGGGUUGGUGUUGGUGGUGGUUCCGGUCAUGGUGGGGGAUUUGGAGCUGGGGGUGGUGUAGGCGGCGGGCUUGGAGGUGGUGCUGGUGGAGGUGGGGGCGGAGGUGGCGGUGGUAUUGGUGGUGGUUCAGGUCAUGGUGGGGGUUUUGGCGCUGGAGGGGGUGUAGGUGGUGGUCUUGGAGGUGGUGCUGGAGGGGGUGAGGGUGGUGGAGGAGGUGGAGGUGUAGGUGGAGGAUCCGGCCAUGGUGGCGGCUUUGGUGCGGGUGGAGGUGGUGCUGGUGGUGGUUUAGGUGGCGGCCGUGGUGGUGGAGCAGGUGGAGGAUUUGGAGUUGGAAUUGGCAUUGGCAUAGGAGUUGGAGUUGGUGCUGGCCAGGGAUCUGGUAGUGGUUCUGGCAGUGGUAAUGGUGGCAGACAUUAA